ACUUUAUAAAACACGAGUAAGAGACGCAGCGGAAAUGCUGGCUGCGGGUUAUAUAUAAAAUCUUACAUUUACGGAUGCGUUGAUGUUUAUUUACAGUCUAAGUGGAAUUUAAUCGUAUUAACUGAAGCGAUGAAUGCGUUAACAGGAAAGGUUUUGCUCAUGCAGAACACCCGAGCCUUGGUGCAGGCUGUAUCACUUAUUCGAUCGCCUGUAUUAAAGCAACCAGUGCCUCCAGGUGUCUUUUUGCCUGAGAGACAGUACAGAUCCAUGCCUUCACAUGGGAUUGGUAGAUAUAAGUAUUUACUUCCAAAGGAAACGCAAAAGAAGAAGAAGGAAAAAGUUCAGAUGAAGGAGAUCAAGGCAGCAACAGACACUGCAUACGGUGUGCUGAACGUGACUGUCUCUGGCUAUGACAUGACCCUGGUGGAACACUAUGCUCAGCACAUCCAUAAACUCUGCAACAGUCUUGAUAUCAAAGUGAAUGAAAGCUACGCCCUGCCUACUAAGAGCACUGAAAUCUUGGUCAUGCCUGAACAGGGCACCAAGAUGUAUGUUGAUGCCAUACUCAAAACUCACGAGCGGGUCGUUCAGAUCAGUCAAAUGAAGGCAACACUGGCUCCAGUGUUCCUGGAGGUCCUUCUCAAAAACCAACCAGAGGGAGUUCAGCUCUCCAUAAACGAGCACACUGAGGCAGAUUACAAAGCCCGCUUUAAGGCUAGACCAGAACUCGAAGGACUUCUAGCACAAAUGAGUUAAACACUUUGGCUGAAGAUGGGAUUUGUUAGAAUAUGUGUGUUAAUAAAUGUGUGAGGAU